GCAAUUUUAUGUUUAGCAUUAAAAAUAAAUAACUUUCCUUUUUAUUGCGCUUAGUGGGCACGCACCAUAUAUUAGGAUGAGCCAGAGAAGCUUCUCUACCCAAAAAGGUCAUCGCCUCAAAUCGGACUUGACGUUGGAGCAGAAGAAGGACAUUUCGGAGGCAUUUAGUAUGCUUGACAUGAAUGGCUCCAAGGCCAUGACGCCGAACGAUCUCAAGGUUGCUUUACGAGCUCUAGGCUAUGAACCGAAGAGGGAUGUAGUUCGAAACCUGAUAGCCAAAAUGGAUCGUAGUGGGGUUUCAAAUAGCAUUGUUUUGGCUGAAUUUGAGGAAAUCAUGCGUCAAGCCUUUUUCUUAGAGCACAAUGACGAGGAGCUAGAACUAGCGUUUCCACUCUUUACGCAGGGCAAAUCGGAAUUUAUCACAUUGGAUGACAUGAAGCGAGUUGCAGAUGAGGUAGGUGAAGAUAUGCCAGAGGAGACGCUUAUGGAAAUCAUUGAGAAGGCUGAUGUACUGGAUCAAGAUCAUCGCAUAUCUCGUCAAGAGUUUAUGAAAAUGUUGACAUCUGACGAUAACAAGCAUUGAGAGCUUUAUGAAGCAUCACUUUUCAACAACAGCGGACUAUUAUCAUAAAUACCGAUGGAAUGCCUUUAGAUGGUUCUUCCACCCCUUCGACAUGAUAACCUCCCUUUUCUCUUGUUUAGCUGAUCGAUGUAGUAUUAUCAAACGGAGUUUUUUCAUGUUUAAACAAUAUCAU